AAAAUACAUUAGCAUUACAUAUUAAAUAAAUUCAUCGCAAAUCACCAAUUAUGACAGUCAGGAAUUUUCCAGUAUCCAUAUUGUUACGAAGCAUGGCAUUGUUGCGAUCGUUUGCUUUAUGCGUCGUUGCAAGGUAAGCCAAGGAAAGAGCGCGUAAUUGUAGACGCGAGAGCAUCGUGAAUGCGAGUUCUGGUUAUCGUAGAAAUACUCUGUAGACUGUGUAAAACCUGUUGACCUCGGUUACAACAUAACUUUCGACCAACUGAUCGAAAGAACCCUUCCUUCAAUUUUUUUUUCGAUCCUAUCAAUUUUUUUUUUCUUUUCAGAUAGUAUGCGUGAAGUAUUGUGAUGUAUUUCGAUAUCGCGUGUACAACUAUUCGAUUCUGUAUAAUAUGUGUACAAAUAUCUGAUUUAAUCUUUAUUGGCAAUGUGCCAAAUCUUUGAAUGCUGACUCAUUUCUUAGUAAAUAACUAACCGAAAGCUACAAAUUAGUUCGUGAUAUUGUGAUGCAAUAUAAAAUGAAUGAAUUCAAUAUAAAAAACACAUUUUUAAUCGUUGAUUUAGUCUUCGGUUUUAUUCGUUAAAAUACUUCAACGUUUUACCAACAUUUUACAUUCUUAAGAUUCUUCAUUGUCGCUUCAUGUUUUCCACAUAAAUCAACAAACGUUUCCUCACCACUGUUUCCGAAGAAAAACGAUUCAUGAUAAAUAACGACUCUAGAAAUAUGAAAUGCAUUGCUGACCAUUUAACAUAAUAAUUUUAAUAGAUUAAAAUUUCGCACGAUUCCUCGAUUAAAAUGUAAAAAAGGAAAAACUAAUUACAACGUAAAGAGGAUGUUUUAAUUAUUAUAUUAAUUAUUAUAUAAAAUUAUUAAUUAUUAUUUCAUUAAUUAUUAUUAAAUUAUUAUUAAUUAUCCUACAUCAAUUAUUAGCAAAAAAAUUUCUUCUAUUAUCAAUAUUUAAAUAAUUAGCAUCGAUUUAUACAUUGUUAUAUCGUCAAAAAAAACAUUCUAUUUUUUGAUGACGAGGGCGACGAGACUCGGACGAAAUGUGAUCAAUACGCAUUGAAGUCGUUCAAACGGUCGCAAUUACGACGCGGAAAGGAAACUACACGUCGUCCUAAUUAAGUUAGUUACUCGUCCCGGUUACUCGUCCAGGAUGAGGAAGGAAGCAUGAUGACGUCAUAUACUCUUUAGUUGCUUUAGAAUCGAAGAAUAAGAAAAAAUGGGAUACGGCACAGAAAUGGAUGGCUGCGGUCGUUGUAUGAAAUAUUCCUUGUUCUUCGUGAACUUAGUAAUUUUCAUCGGUGGAGUGGCGAUAAUUGGAUUAGCAACGUGGGCUCUGUUGGACAAAGUACCAUGGAUAGGCGAACUAGUAGGAAACGAUUUGUUAACAGGUGCUAUUUACGUUCUAUUGGUCGCUGGGAUCAUCGUUGCUCUAACAUCGUUCUUCGGUUGCUUAGGUGCAUCUCGAGAAGUUAAAUGCAUGCUUCUCACGUACUUCAUCAUCGUGUUCCUUCUGUUCGUAACCAUAUUAAUUGGCGGAGUGCUCGCGUACGUGUUCCGUGAAAAACUAAUGAACACGCUUGAGAGAGAAAUGUCGAGUUCGAUGAGACUUUACGAUAGUCGUAAAGCAGUUAGAGAGGCCUGGGACAUGACACAGUCGAAGCUCCAUUGCUGUGGUGUAAAUGGUUGGAGAGAUUGGGGACUCAGUAUACCGCAGAGUUGCUGUCGCGAGAUUCAAUCUGGACAGCGAUUCAACUGUAACGCUGGACCAGACACAGUGAACCCCUCGAAUGCCUAUCUCGUCGGUUGCAUCAAUGGAACGCAGAUUUACUUGCAGAAGCAUGCGACGAUCAUGGGUGGCGCUGGUAUUGCAGUCGCGUGCUUAAUGUUUUUCGGCAUGCUUUUCUCGUGCAUUCUGUUCAAGUUGAUAGAAUGACGAGAGAAUAGUGUGCUUUAAAAGACAACUUCAUUCUUCGUGUCUAAACUAACGAAGAGGAAGAAGUGGAUGUCAGCCGUCCUCGAGCGACUCAUGAAUUCAUAAUCAAUGUCAUCGUCAUUGAGUGCAUCUAAGCUGAAGUAUGAGAAUCAAAAUGCAUCUUCACGCGCAUCUUUUCAAUGUACAGUUCUCACCAUUUUUUCUUCUUUUCUUCUUUUUUUUCUUCUUUUGUUACAUUUAGUAUUAUACUCGAUGUACCUUUAUUUCCAAUUUUGUAAAUUUUUAAGAGUAAUACGUUGAGUAUUUCGGGUUUAAUACAUAGUGUAUUGUAUGGUAUAUAUAUAUAUAAUUUAUAUGGUAAUACACUAUGUAUCUUAUACACGUAAUAAAUAUAAAAUCUAUAUAAAAA